AUGUUCGCUCGCUACUCUCUUUCCAAAACCCUAGGGCUUUGUUACUUACUAAUUGAACUUGAUGGACAAGUAACAGUGGAUGAAGCUCUUGGUUUUGUGAGAAACAUUGGUGUGGACAAAGUUGAGUUCAAAUUCAAGAAUCCAACUUCUAUUGAAAUCGGUGAGAGUUACGCGAUACAAUGCAUAGUGAAGCCUGAUAUAAAUGUUGAUCUUUUUAUUCGGUUACCAAAGGAGUGCUUUCAUGAGAAAGAUUAUUUGAAUUAUCGGUACCAUGCAAAAAGGUGCCUAUACCUUUCCAUAAUCAAGAAGUACUUGAAAUUUUCCUCAGUUAAGGUUGAAUGGUCUACCCUACAGAACGAGGCCCGAAAACCUGUAUUGCUUGUCUAUCCAGCUACGGAGCUUGUUGGACUUCCUGGGUUUUUUGUAAGGAUAAUCCCUACAACAAACUCCCUGUUUAAUAAAAAGUUGAACCUGAAACGGAGCAAUAUACGUGCUUUGACUCAUGGGGGUAUUCCACAGGCUACACCGAAGUACAAUAGUAGUAUUUUGGAAGACAUGUUUUUAGAAGAUACUUCAGAACUUAUUAAGAAGACUUUUCUUGGAUGGAAGGAGUUAGGAGAGGCUUCAGUUUUACUGAAGGUUUGGGCUCGACAGAGAAGCUCGAUUUAUGUUCAUGAUUGCCUGAAUGGGUUUCUAAUAUCUGUCAUAUUGUCAUACCUUGCAAGUCAAAACAAGAUUGCCAAUUCUAUGAGGGCAAUGCAGAUAUUUCGUGUUACAUUGAACUUCAUUGCCACUGCAAAAAUAUGGAACAAUGGACUCUACUUCAGACGGGAAGGCCAGAAGGGUAUAUCACAGGAGGAAAGGGUUUCAUAUAAAGAAGCUUUUCCAAUUGUUAUUUGUGAUCCAUCAACUCCCUUCAAUAUGUCAUUUUGUAUAUCAAGGAUUGGUUUCAUUCAGCUCCAAGACGAGGCUGCUUUGACACUUAAGUGCAUAGAGAAAUGCAGAGAUGGUGGAUUUGAGGAAAUUUUUAUGACCAAGGUUGACUCUGGUGCUAAAUAUGACUAUUGCAUAAGGCAAGCAAUUAAUACACCAGUGAGAGCCUGGAUUCAAGUCAAUGGAAAAAAAAAGGCUCUCAAAUUCCGAAAGUUUUGGGGGGAGAAGGCUGAGCUUAGGAGAUUUAAAGAUGGUACAAUUGCAGAAAGCACAGUAUGGGAAAGUGAGCACUGGAAUAGACAUCUCAUUUUGAAAAGAAUUGCUGAAUAUGUACUUUUGCGGCAUCUUUCUUUAUCAAAGGAGAAUAUUGUGCAUAUUGUCGAUCAACUUGAUUUCUCUCUACUUCAUGGUGUUUGUGAUCCUAUAUCAUUUUCUGGAAGCUUGCUUGAGGCACUUGAAGUUUUAUCAAAGCGCCUGCGUCUUAUCCAAGACAUCCCGUUGAAGGUAUCUAGUGUGCAGCCCUUAGAUCCAGCUUUCAGGUUUACUUCUGUCUUCCCUCCCGAACCUCAUCCACUGGCUAUUGACAAGGGUGAUGUUCCAAGGCUACAAAAGCUCAUGCCAUCCUGCAUUCAGCCUCUGGAAGUUAUGAUUCAGUUGGAAGGCUCUGGGAACUGGCCAAUGGAUGAUAUAGCGAUUGAGAAAACUAAAACUGCUUUCCUUCUUAAAAUUGGAGAGAGUCUCCAGAAUUCUUGGGGGAUGACAUGUACUGCAACUGAGGAUGAUGUUGAUGUUUUCAUGUCUGGAUAUGUAUUUCGUCUUAAAAUUUGGCAUGAGAGGGGCCUGAGUUUGUUGAAAAGGGAAGAUGGAAGUGACCAAUUUAAGUGGGUCAGCUCUAUAGACAAAGAACUUUUUGUUCGCAGUCAGCAUUCUAGCAUGAUUAAUGGAUUACAGGGUCGUUAUCCGCUAUAUGGACCUGUAGUUAGGAUUGCAAAACGAUGGGUUGCCUCACAUCUAUUUUCAUCUUGCUUGGGAGAAGAGGCAGUCGAGCUAUUGGUUGCUCAUCUCUUUUUAAAACCUUUACCAUUUAAUGCUCCUUGCUCUCGCAUCACUGGAUUUUUAAGGUUCCUCUGAUUACUAUCAGAAUAUGACUGGACCUUUUCUGCUUUGGUUGUUGACAUAAACGAAGAUUUGAGCCCAAAAGACGAGAAAGAGAUAAGUAAUAACUUUAUGUUGACUAGAAAAGGUUACGAAGAAAACAAACAAAAUAUAAGUGCAGCAAUGUUCCUGGCUACAGCUUAUGACAAGGCAUCUGAGGCUUGGACCAGAUUCUCUCCAAACGUAUCAGAACUUAAAAGGUUGGUGGCUUAUGCUAGAAGCAGUGCAAACUUGUUGAACAAACUCAUCUUGCAGGACCAGAUUGAUUCCUAUAAAUGGGAGUGCCUUCUCCGAACUCCUUUGAACAACUAUGAUGCUGUCAUUCUUCUCCACAGGGACAGAUUACCAUACCCCCAACGGCUUCUCUUUCCUUCUGAACUAAACCAAGGGAAGCAUGUCGCUCGGGGGAAUGCUAGCAAGGUUUUCCAACCCUUCAUGUCACCUGUAGACUUUAAGGGUAGCUUAGAGGAACUGAAAAAUAAGCUAUUGGUGAACUUUGAUCCGCUGAGGUUCUUUGUUGGAGAUUUAGAGAAAGAGUUUUCCAACAUGUUCAAGGUGUGGUAUGAUUCUCUGGGAGGAGAUGCUAUUGGCAUAACGUGGGACAGAUUUUCUUCCAAGAAACGGGGUCGAGAGGAAGGAGAAGAUCCAGUUGAUGUAUUAAAAUCCGUUGGUCAAUUUGGUAAAGGAUUUGUGAGGAGUGUUUAUUCCCUGAAGUCUCCAAGGCUUAUGAAUUAACUAUGUACUCAAUGAGUAAUAGUAAAGAAAUCACAAAUAGCGUGUUGUAAGUUUUUUAUUAUUAUUUAUUUUUAAUAUAUAAAUAUUUAUUUAUUUAUAGUUGAAUAGUAUUCCCCAUUUUCCAGUUGACAAAAUAGUUUUGAGGAGCAUUGUGUUGUGAUUUUUGUUUCUUGUUUCUAGUUUUUGGUUGGUUAGAGAAAUAAGAAAUAGAGGGGAAAGAGAGGGGAAGGGGGUACAACUGUACAAGGUUACCUUCCAUGCUGCAUGUACUGGUGACUGCAACACGCAGGAGUUGAAAAAAGGAAACCCUUCGGCAAUAUUUGUGUAUUUUUGCUUUAUAAAAGAAAUAAUUUGAUUUUUA